AUGGACAUCGUACAGGCCGUCUCCGGCUACAUCACCAAGAUGGUGUCAGUCGGAGACAGCGCUGCGACAGGCACAUCUACGGCCAAGAUGAAGAUACUCUUACUCGAUAAUGAGACUGUGUCGAUAGUCUCCUCCGCAACGACCCAGUCCGCACUCCUUACCCAUGAAGUCUACCUCACCGACCGGAUAGAGAACCAAAAACGAGAGAAGAUGCGGCACCUACGGUGCUUGUGCUUCGUGCGGCCGUCACCUGAAUCAAUACAGAGCUUGAUCGAAGAGCUACGGGACCCAAAGUAUGGGGAAUACAAUAUAUACUUCAGCAACGUUAUCAAGAAGUCCUCGCUCGAACGGCUGGCAGAAGCAGACGACCACGAAGUCGUGCGCGCCAUUCAGGAGUACUUCGCCGACUUCUUCGUUAUCAACCCAGAUCUCAUGUCGCUAAAUCUGAGCUUUCCUGACCACAGGGUAUGGAGCACCAGCCCAGAUUCGUGGAACCAUAAUUCUCUACAGAGGUCGACUGAGGCUGUGCUGGCCUUGCUUCUUUCGCUGAAGAAGAAGCCAUUGAUUCGGUACCAGAAGAACAGCCUGCUUGUCAAAAAGCUGGCCACAGAAGUACGAUACAAUAUGACUCAAGAAGAGCAGCUCUUCGACUUCAGAAAGACCGACACACCGCCGAUUCUGCUCAUAGUCGACCGAAGAGAUGAUCCGGUUACACCGCUCCUCACACAGUGGACAUACCAAGCCAUGGUGCACGAACUGCUGGGCAUCAACAAUGGCAGAGUCGACCUAAGGGAUGUUCCAGAGAUACGACCAGAAAUGAAAGAGAUUGUCCUCUCUCAGGAUCAGGAUCCUUUCUUUAAGAAGAACAUGUACCUGAACUUUGGUGAUCUGGGGCAGAACGCGAAGGAGUACGUCGAACAAUUCGCUUCGAAGCAGCAGGGCACUCAGAAGCUCGACUCGAUCGCAGACAUGAAGCGCUUUAUCGAAGAUUUUCCAGAGUUCCGCAAGCUUUCCGGCAAUGUUACGAAGCACGUCACUCUUGUCGGCGAGCUGAGUAGGAGAGUCGGCGAAGAGAGCUUACUGGACGUGAGUGAGCUUGAACAGAGUCUCGCAUGUCAGGACAACCACUCAAAUGACGUGAAGUCGCUGCAGAAGAUCAUUCAAGAUCCCAAGAUCCCGGCGGACAAUAAGCUGCGUCUUGUGGCCAUCUAUGCCUUACGGUAUCACAAGAGCUCUUCAAAUUCGACAGCUAUGUUACUUGAUUUGUUGGCAGUGGCAGGGGGACUGUCUCGGGACCGCAUCAACCUCAUCACAAAGCUGCUCACGUAUCACGACUCGUUGCAAACCGCCACGACGGCAGGAGGCAUGCCAGAUCUGUUCCAGCCGGGUUCCUUCUUUGGCGGCGCUAGAGACCGUUUCAAGGGACUGAAAGGUGUCGAGAACGUCUACACACAGCACUCUCCGCGACUGGAAACCACGUUACAAGACAUGAUCAAGGGACGCCUCAGUCAGCAGUUGUACCCGUUCGUGGAAGGCGGUGGGACGACCAAGGAUAAGCCUCAGGAUAUCAUCGUUUUUAUGGUAGGCGGAACAACCUACGAAGAAGCCAAGAUGGUAGCGCAGGUGAAUGCGAGUUCUCCCGGCGUCCGUGUCGUUCUCGGAGGAACGACUGUGCACAAUAGCAGCUCGUUCUUGGAAGAGGUCGAGGAUGCAGUGGAGUCAUGGCCGGUGCCUCCACCCGCCUCAGCUGCAGCUCGGCUGAGACGGGAAGUAGGCAGGUAG